AUGCCGUCACCGGACGCGGCGGCGAGGCACACGGGCGCCGGCGUGGCGCGUCGGCAGGCCCACCACGAGCGGAUGCGCGACGAGCGCGCUCGGGAAGCGGCCGCGGGCGACGCGGAGCUUCCGCCGGAGGACGACGCGGUCGAGAUGGCGAGCGCCGCCCAGCUGCUGGACAGCGUGGCGGAGGUGGGCCCGAACUACACCCUGCUGCGCAGCAAGGAGACGAAGGCGAAGCGGCGGAAGCGACAGCGCGAGGAUGCCAGGGCGGCGCUCGACGGCCACACUGUCCUGUCCACCGGAUCGCGCCUCGAGAUCUUCUGCGACAGUGUAUGGGACAAAAGCGUCGAAAAUGUCCCAAAAAGCGUGUCUCGAGUUUGGAGUGCCGCGAACCGACCAGACCGAAUGGGCUCGACGCCGCGCUCGCUGUGGGGCUGCAACAAAGUCGCCGCCGAGCGUGCCACCGACGGCGUCCCGGCGGCGGUGAUGGAGUGUGAGACCUGA